CUUCCUGCAGACCCGGGUCACGGAGCGGAACCGGAAUGCUCGUGGAAUUUAACGGUGCAGCAGAGGCGCGCGUCCUGUUUCCGGGAGCAUCCAGUGUGCGGGUCCGAGUCCUGUGACGACCCCGCUUCUUCUGCGGUUUUCAGAGGCGGAUCGGAUCAGCGGAGCCUCCUGGGCUUGUUUGUGCAGGCCCACCAUGUCACUGUGUUCCUCAAAGCUUCCAGUGAUGUGUGUUCUCCUCCUCUGCCUGCUGCUGCUCCCCUUCACCGCCUCAGUCCCAGCGCCCCCUGUGGGAGCUCCACAGCUCAGCACUCCACUGAGCCUCUCCACGACCUGUAAGAAUGCUUCAAUCUGUAAGAAUGGAUCGACGGAUGGUUCGUCACAAACCGGUUCCGGUGGUUCUAAUGGGAGUUCAACCCUAAACAUCAACAGAACAUCAGACAAUCUGCCCCCCUCUUCAUCCCAUAAGUCUGCCAAUGUCAGCUCCAAGUUCACAUCUACAGCCCCGCCAAAACGAAACACUGAAGGACCUUUGCCACCCCCGGAGCCUAAACCUGCAACCUCCACAAAGAAUGAUCCUGUGCACCUUGGCACACCAACAUCAACACCAGCCGUCAAGCUGACACCAUCCACCAAACCACCGUCUUCAGCACAGGCAUCUUCUGCACCACCGUCUUCAGCGCCACCGCCUAAAGCGCCACCGUCUACAGCGCUACCGUCUACAGCGCCACCGUCUUCAGCACCACCGUCUACAGCACCACCGUCUACAGCGCCACCGUCUUCAGCACCACGGCCUAAAGCACCACCGUCUUCAGCGCCACCGUCUUCAGCGCCACCGUCUUCAGCACCACAGCCUAAAGCGCCACCGUCUUCAGCACCACAGCCUAAAGCACCACCGUCUUCAGUACCACCGUUUUCAGCGCCACCGCCUAAAGCGCCACCGUCUACAGCGCUACCGUCUACAGCGCCACCGUCUAAAGCGCCACCGUCUACAGCGCCACCAUCUACAGCGCCACCAUCUACAGCGCCACCAUCUAAAGCGCCAACGUCUUCUGCACCACAGUCUACCAUACCACCACCAGCAACGCCCAGAGCAACCCCUGCUGCUACAGUAACCACUCCAUUUCCGUUGCGCCAGUCCACCACUGCUGCUGAAAGCCACUUGAAGCCCGUUUCCUCUGUAGCAGGCAUCUCGGUGGUAGAAGCAGCUCUGACCCGGCAGCUGGUGGAUACAGCCUCCUUGCUGGCCGUUCUUCUGUUUGGCCUUCUGUUCUUCUUGGUCACGGUGGCGGUUUUUGUCACACAGGCGUACGAGAGCUACAGAAGGAAGGACUACACCCAGGUGGACUAUCUGAUCAACGGCAUGUACACGGACUCUGGGGUGUGAGGGUAACUUGUUCCUUUACUUGGAGCUGUUUAGCGGUGUCUUCACUUACAGAGCUUCUUUCUUUCUGCCUCCAUGGUCGUGGAGACUGUUGACUCUUAACCAAUCCACCAGGAGAUAACCAGCAAUUAUGUGCAUGCAUGCUGAUUUUGGUAUCAGCUCCCAUGGUGGCCCCGCCCCAUGGAUGUUUGGAGCACAACACCUGACCUCUGCAACGCUUCUGAAUCAUUUUCCAUUUAAAGAACGAUUCUGCUCACCGGGAUCAUAAGGAGGCAGCUCUGGUGAAGCGAGUAUUUAAUGAGGAAGAUUCUUCUUUGACAGCCGAGUUUAGACUGCAUGUCCUGCAGGAUGUUCACUGAAAGACGUUCACAGGAAUCCCUGACUGCACUGUUUAGUGUGGUUGAAGAAAACCUCAGCAGUUCCUUUUGUUGUUGCUGCUCACAGGUUUACACCCAGAGUUCUGCUGGGAAUGAUCCCGAAUCAGUUCCAGGUGUUGUGUGUGUGUGCGCCACAGUUUGUUGAGUUUCCUAUGGAUAAGCAGGCUGUGGUUUGGAUUCGGUUCCUCCGAAGCGGUGCACACACAGACCGGGACGGUUCCUAGUCUUAACUCGUUCUGGACUGACAUCUGAAACUGGACCAAAGGUCUCGCUGCAAAGUUCAGGUCUGUCUCUGUUGAAUUUUGAUGCAGACCAAACGGCGUGUUUGUCUUCCCACAGGUACCAGACUCGACUCCUUCAUGUCCCCGCUGUGUUUGUCUCGGUCAGGAGCUACCUCUGUACCUAUGACUCCUGGAAGAGUUGAUGUGUCUCACAUUGUUGAAAUCCUAGAUCCCAGUUAUCCUGAGCGAUUGUAGACUUAUGUUCUUUUCAAAGCUGCUCUUCAAACUCCAGGUCAGAUUUGUCGUUGUGGAGCCUCUAAACUAACAGUAUUCAGUCUCCAGCUUCAUGUCACUGCUCUCUGAUUGUGAUGUUUCAUGUUAAGACCUUACCAAAUAUUCACUGAAGCACAUUUUGAACCAACAAAGCCAAGGGAAAUAAGAAGCCAUUAUGAGUUUGAGAUUUUUUUUUUCCUUUUUCAAAUCUAAAGAGUGUUUACGUUUUUGUAAAUGAUGGUUCUGGAGGUGAGCGGUGAAAAAAGUGCUGAAGAACCUGGUGCCAUAAAGCAAAUGAGCUUCCGGUGGAUCUGAAUGUUGAGUCUGUGGAUCCUGAAGCCGGGCUGGUGUGCCGGAUGUGGAUUGUGGAUGUGGAUGUGGGGAAGCAGGACUGGCCUGCUGUGUGCCAAACUGAUGCACUUUGAUUUGUACUGCAGAAAAUAAUAAAGAACAAGAACGAUCUUGGUA